CUUGGCUGCGCUCCCUGGGUCUCGCUUGGCUGGUCCUCUGCCUCCUCCGGGGGCCGGGCAAUGGGCGGGGAAGGGGACGGGCCGUUUAAAGAGAGGCCAGCGCGGGGCCGGACAGCCUCUGCCGGCGCUGAGGUGUCGGCUCAGCCCGGCCACGGCGGAGGAGGCGCCGCGGGGCCUCUUUGCGUGCUGCUGUCCGGACCCCAGAGAUGCGGAGCUGCUGUUCCCGCCGAGUCCUUGCUGAGGCGAUUGGCACCCUGAGACCUGGGGAGCUGCACCGAGGUGGUUUGUUAAAGACUUUUGACCCAGAAAUCAACAAGAGCUGCUCCAAACUAGGAGGUAAGAAGUGCAUUCAAGCUGCUCAAGAAAGCUGGAAGUGAGAAGAUAAUUUCAGACUGUUUACACUGAGGAACGAAGAGCUACUGUGUCUCUCCAUCAACCUGAUUACCUGCUUACCUGCUUAGGGAAGUGGAACCAUUUAUCUCCGGAAAUGUCUUUGGAAAGUAAAGAGCAACAUGACCUUUCACCCAGGGACUCAGCUGAAGGAAAUGACAGUCUUCCAUCCGGUGUCCUUCUGAAGCCUCAAAAGGAAUCAAGUACUGACUUGAAGCAAUUUGAGACCAAUGAUCGACGCAGUUCUUAUCCUAGGAUCCAUAUGGAGCCUCAGGAGAAAUCACAUACUAACAUCAAGCAGUUUGUCAUCAAAAAGCUACAGAAGAGUUGCCAGUGUAGCCCAACCAAAGUUAAAAAUAUGAUUUUUGAUUUCCUUCCUGUUUUGCGAUGGCUCCCAAAAUAUGAUCUAAAGAAGAACAUUCUAGGAGAUGUGAUGUCUGGCUUGAUUGUGGGCAUCUUAUUGGUGCCCCAGUCUAUUGCUUAUUCUCUUUUGGCUGGCCAAGAACCUAUUUAUGGACUGUACACAUCUUUUUUUGCCAGCAUCAUUUAUUUCAUAUUUGGUACCUCCCAUCACAUCUCUGUGGGCAUUUUUGGUGUACUGUGCCUUAUGAUUGGUGAGGUAGUUGACCGAGAAGUACACAAAGCUGGCUCUGAUAUUGCUCCUUCUUUAGAAAUUAUUUUAAAUAGGAGCACACUAGUAAACCAGACAUUAGACAGGGUAUGUGAUAAAAGUUGCUAUGCAAUUAAAGUUGGCAGCACUGUAACCUUUAUGGCUGGAGUUUAUCAGGUUGCAAUGGGCUUCUUUCAAGUGGGCUUCGUUUCUGUCUACCUCUCCGAUGCCUUGCUGAGUGGAUUUGUCACUGGUGCCUCCUUCACCAUUCUUACAUCUCAGGCCAAAUAUCUUCUUGGGCUCAGCCUUCCUCGGAGUAGUGGCGUGGGCUCAUUUAUCACUACCUGGAUUCAUAUCUUCAGAAACAUCCAUAAGACCAAUCUCUGUGAUCUCAUCACCAGCCUUUUGUGCCUUUUGGUCCUUCUGCCAACCAAAGAACUCAAUGAGCGCUUCAAGUCCAAACUCAAGGCACCAAUUCCUACCGAACUAAUUGUUGUCGUGGCAGCCACUUUAGCCUCUCAUUAUGGAAAACUAAAUGAGAAUUAUAAUUCUAGUAUAGCUGGACAUAUUCCCACUGGAUUUAUGCCACCCCAAGUACCAGAUUGGAGCCUAAUUCCUAGUGUGGCUGUAGAUGCAAUAGCUAUUUCUAUCAUUGGUUUUGCUAUAACUGUAUCACUUUCUGAGAUGUUUGCCAAGAAACAUGGUUACACGGUCAGAGCAAAUCAGGAAAUGUAUGCCAUUGGCUUUUGCAAUAUUAUCCCUUCCUUCUUCCACUGCAUUACUACUAGCGCUGCUCUUGCAAAGACAUUGGUUAAAGAAUCAACAGGUUGCCAAACUCAGCUUUCUGCUGUGGUGACAGCCCUUGUUCUUUUGUUGGUUUUACUGAUAAUUGCACCUUUAUUCUAUUCCCUUCAGAAAUGUGUCCUUGGUGUGAUCACUAUUGUAAAUCUUCGGGGAGCCCUUUGUAAAUUUAGAGAUGUGCCCAAGAUGUGGAGGGUUAGCAGAAUGGAUACAGUUAUAUGGUUUGUUACUAUGCUAUCCUCUGCAUUGAUAAGCACUGAAAUAGGCUUGCUUGUUGGAGUUUGUUUUUCUAUGUUUUGUGUCAUCCUCCGCACCCAGAAGCCAAAGAUUUCAUUGCUUGGUUUGGUGGAAGAGACUGAAAUCUUUGAAUCCAUAUCUGCUUACAAGAACCUUCAGACUAAGCCAGGCAUUAAGAUUUUCCGCUUUGUAGCUCCUCUGUACUACAUAAACAAAGAAUGUUUCAGAUCUGCUUUAUACAAAAAAACUCUAAACCCAGUCUUAGUAAAGGCAGCUCAGAAGAAGGCAGCAAAGAUAAAGCUCAAAGAGGAAACGGUGACUCUCAGUGGAAUCCAGGAUGAAGUUUCAAUGCAACUUUCCCAUGAUCCUUUGGAGCUGCAUACUAUAGUGAUUGACUGCAGUACAAUACAAUUUUUAGAUACAGCAGGGAUCCAUACACUGAAGGAAGUUCGCAGAGAUUAUGAAGCCAUUGGUAUCCAAGUUCUGCUGGCUCAGUGCAAUCCCUCUGUGAGGGAUUCUUUGGCCAGAGGAGAAUAUUCCAAAAAGGAAGAAGAAAACCUUCUUUUCUAUAGUGUGUACGAAGCAGUGGCUUUUGCAGUAGAAUCUCAAAAGCAGAAAGGAAUAUGUGUUCUCAAUGGUCUGAGUCUGUCCGGUGAUUGAGAAAGUAGUUGAAAGGAAGAAUGUCAAGCCAAUAGGUUAAAAUUUUAAGUGUGUAACAUUUUCCAAUAAUUUCAAGUUGCACACUUGAAAUUAUUCUUCCUUUGAAGUUUAUGGCCUUUGUAUAUUCUCAAAUGCAUCAGAGCUUAUUGUUGGGCAAAGUUAAAAAGAAGAAAAUGUUGUAGUUUCAAGCUUUCAUACAGAUAUGAAGUAUUUGGGGGAUGCAAUAAAUAUCUACUGAAUUAAAGAGUACAGUAGUCCCAAGACUAUUACCACCUUGUUUUAGGGGCUAUACAUUUGGACUCUUUCUCCUCCAAGCAGAAAAGGAGUGAAGUUGGGAUUUGCAUUAGAAAUUUGUGCCUUUGCAUGGCUCUGUAGACAGGAAGGAGAAGAAGUCAGGGAGAGUGUUGAGCCUGCCCUUGAACGAGCAGCAUAAGGGGCUUGUGAAAGCAUGAGGCCCUAAUUAGACAAGCUCGUUCUUGUGCUUCUCUGUUCCCAGUCUUUGUUCCCCAGAUAGCAGUAGGAUCUCUGGAUUUCAGGAGAAGAGAACCAGUCCUAUCCUUAAGGCAGGGAGUAGGCACAGUCUCAUUAGGAGUCUGAUGGCCAGCAGGUUUGUGACAUACUAACAUUUUACAGAAUUAACCUUGGUGAUAUAUUUAAUGUUUUAGUCAUAGCUUUUUGUUUAAGGUCAGUAGUUCAGCAAAGAGUUCGUCAAAAUUAGAAAUGUUCUGCAUUGGGAAUUCUUUUUUUCUGUAGUCUUUAUCUGACCAUUUAUCUACCAUUAAGCUCUGUUUCAGCAUUAAGUUAUCCUAGUGUGUUUUCCCAUGGAAUCUGUCCUAAGCUGGCAUUUCUGAAUAUCAAUUUCAGUCAUGUCAGAUAAAGCAGGAGCUGAUUUUGCCUUUUCUUAAGUAUUUUAAUUUGCUACUGGCGACUGAAUCUAAGAGUUCUUAAUGACUGAGCCACAUUCCCAGCUCUUUUUUUUUCUUUUUUCUUUUUGGAUACAGGGUCUCACUGGUUGCUAAGGCUGGCCUGGAACUUGUGAUCUUUCUGCCUCAGCCUCCUGAGUCACUGGGAUUAUAGGCAUACGCCACCAUGCCUGGCCUUACAGUAUUUUAAAUGAGCUUUGGGCAGAACCAUCAAGGACAGAUGGCAAAAAAGAAUGGCUGACAGUUUCCCUUAAGAAUUAGUUUAUUUGGCAGUAAAUUGUAUAUCCCCCCCCCAUGUCAUUUUAGCAAGGGUCUGCUGGGGACUAGACAGUCUUUCUUAAAUAUAAGCUGCUGCUCUGGAAAAGAAUGCACAAGAGUGGCAAGAGUGCUUCCAAAAGGACAUCAAUCAUUAAUUUGUAUAUGUUUUAGUGAAAACAGUGCUGGUGCUUACUGCCAUAGAUGUCUGUUGAUGUACAGUAAAUAUUGAUGACAGUGACAGCUUUUAACUCAAGUCGCCUAAAACUAUUACACAAAAUAAUUUAGAAGCACAUUUGUAAAAACCCAAGUAUGGAUGUAUUGUUUCUGAUCAUUGGCCACAAGUUUUGAGUUGAGAAAUGGUUACUUUAGAAAAUCAAGAAUAUCUGACAUUGAAAGCUUACAGUUCUAUAUCUGGACCUUCAAAGGCAAGAAAAAAGCAGGUUCUCCAAAGUUAGGAAUAGGGGAUUAAUUUAUGUGAGAUUUAAACAUUUAGCCAAGUCUUUUUUAAAAAGUGCAAAAUAAUUUUUGUAGCCUGUUUCUAUGUUCUAAAUAAUUGUAGAUAUUAUAAGAAUCAAGCCUUAUAUAUAGGGCUCCUAUUGAGGUGGGAUGCUUUUAAACAUACUAUAUUUGUACUUACUUGACACAUGCAUAUAUAUAUUUACUUUUUUUUUUUUUGGUAUUUCUGUUUGCUCCAUAAACUGCCAGUGUUGCUUAUCUAUUAUAGGACUGUCCUAUUUGUUUACAUGGAAAAAUUACCUUUCCAUUAUCUUGAGAGAGCAGUUUUGAGUACAAAGUCUAGAUUUCUAUCUUCUAGGUGAUUAAUGUUAUGAUUAGAUGUAAUGUUCUGAAUUUUGACAUCCUUUUAGAACUUUUGCUCCCUGAUGUUUGCCCUUUCUAUCCAGCCUUAUGAAUAAUAAUUGUCAAAACCCGUGUCUUGGUCAAUUGCUUUUUGUCCCCUCUUGUCCCUUCCCCAAGCCAAGUUUGAAUUGAGACUAUUAUAGAUGUCAAACACUCUGACAGAGUAAUGAGUACAUGUUUACAACAACUCUAUAAUCCAGUACCAGCAUAGCCAAAGAAUUUCAUUUUGGUCAGAAUUUGGAAAAUUUCUUAGGAUGAAUGACAUUGUUUGUGCAUUGCCUAAACUUUUACCAAUGUGGAUAUGAACAGUUUUGAAUCUUUAAAUAAGCAGUGAGCAUUAUUCUUGAAUAAUGUUCUGAUUUGCACCUGUCCUACCAAGAUAAAUAAGAGUAAACAAGAGAUUCUGCUUUUAGUUGGCAAUUAUAAGGAUAUUUUAAGAUUUCA